GUCCAUCAGUUCGCUUCGCUCGCUUCGCAUUUUAGAAUUCACGAGAUUUGUAGAUUUCUUAUCGCGAAAACUUACGCGAAUUAAUAUAAAAUAUACAAAAUAAUUAAAAUAUAUAUUUAAUAUCGUUAAUAUUAUAAAUGUUAAGGAAAUCUUGAAAAAAAAUAAAUAAAUAAAUAAAAACAUUAAUGUUAAUAUCAAUAUGGUAAUAAUAGUAAGUGAGAAAUCGUAAUGGCCUAAACGGUAUUGGAACCGUCUUACGGCUUACACGAUUAAAUUCUAUGGAUGUGUGAUCGUUAUUAAUUUUUUUAUUUUUUUAUUAUUUUUUUUUUGUUUCAACGGUAUAAAGUAAAGCAUAAAAUAAAUAAUGUAUUAAACUAAUUGCGAAGUGUAUCAAUUUAAAUUUGACACUUUUGUUCCGUAUAUGUGUGGUUGUGUAAAUCUUUUUAAGACGAAUUAUUGUCAAUCCGAUUAGUCAGACUUUGAUCGACACUCUAUAAGCAUUAGAAAAGGCAAAAGAGAUACGUUUUCCUGGUUAUAGGCUAACUUUGCAAAUUAAUCGCUGUUUGCUGGUCUGGCUGGCUAUCUGUUACUUAAAGCGAUCAAAGUCGCAAAACUUAAUGUCGACUCUGAAUUAGUUAGUAUAACGUACUCUUCUAGUUCACUAUAUACACUAUAUACACUCAGAGAUACAAUAAAAUACCUGCUGGUAUAACACUUUUAAAACAAAUUUCAUAAAACAAUUUGUAUAACAGUCAGUCAGACGUUCGACCAUCAAGCGUUGUUGUUUUCAAUUGGCGUUAAAACGUUUUUGAAUUCAAAUUAUCUUUCUAUCCGUCUGUGCACCAUCGAAAAGCCCGAUAAAAUAUCCAUAUAGCUUAGGGAAUUUUAAAUGAAAACUACUUGAAACAAGGAAUUUCUUAAUCCGUUCGCACAGUUGACUUGGGCCAAUUAAGAGACAAGGCUUCAAUCAAUUAUUGAAAGCCCUAUAUAUAUAUAUAUAUAUAUAUAUAGCAACGAAUUAAUACUUGAUCAAUGCUCCUAUGUGGUAAUUUUUCAUUCAGAAAAGUUCCGCUAGUACGCAAGAGAUAAAUUUUAAUUUUUCUUUUUAAAAGAUACUUUAAGUCUUUGAAAUUUGUAAGUAGCAAAGCUUUGAAGAUAACAGGUGAGAAUAGAAAUCUAUGCUCGCUCAAAAAUCUCUUUGAAUGCAUUGUACUAUAUAAAUAGUAUAGGAUCUUUGAAGGAUUAUAGGCCAUUUCCAACAUCCGCAGCGACUUCGUCAACGAAAUUCAUUAAGCAAGAAUCGAAAAUCGUAGAAAAUAGAAAAAGCUUUUGUCGAAUAAACGUUUUCCAGCGCUUUUCGUAAACAAUGCAAUUCGAGCGAUAAACUCCUAUAGAUAGAUAUUUUUAAUGCUUUUACCAGCUAAUGUGUCUAUUUACCUUUCUUUAUAAAAUAAAAUGGAAAAAAUGCAGGGCGAAGGGUUAGGGGGGAAUAUUCCACAUAAUCCACAUAAUCUACUCAAUAAAAUGUACGCUAAAAAAAAAACACAAGCCCGAAAAAAGCUCUAAAAAGAUUUCUUAUUUUACAAAUUUUUGCGAUUCUAUUUCAUACAAUGCUAAGCAGAGAUCACAAAUAAAUAAAAUGAAAUAUAAUUAAAUCAAAUGUAUUCUGAGGUUACCUACGCACACAUUUAGUUAAACAACAAAAACAAUAAUAAUAAUAAUAAUAACACAAAAGCAAAACAGCAUCCAAACACCGUAACAAAUCCAAUUCAACUUUACAAACAAAAAAGAAAAAUAAAAUAAAACAAAAAGUAAAAAACAAAAAAAAAACAAAAAAAUCAAAAGCACAAAACACGUAAAACUCGCGAACACAUCGGGCAAAAAAAGUAGUUUUAUACACAAACACUAUUAAAAGCAGCGCAUUGAAAUUGUUUAUAACCGUUCGAGUUAUGCCCUCACCACCGACCACACCACGCUCUGUACGCAUUAAGCCACAAUUUCCACCGGCUCCAAAAUUGGGUAGAGCCAAACUGAAGUCAUCAUCACUGGAUCAUGAAUUGUUUUUAAGCUCCAAUAGCAAACAGCGCACACUGCAAAACAAUAAUUCAUUAGAAUGGCAAUUAUUGCAACAACAAUCGUCACUACCGUUACCUCGCACUGGAUCUACUUCAUCGCUGGCCAGCAGUAGUGUACAGCCUCUAAGCGCAAACAAUUAUCAAGAGUUCAAAACAGAAAUCAUCAACCAGGGAAAAUGCCUUUGUGGUCAAUACAUACGUGCACGUUUACGACGUGCUGGGAUGUUAAAUCGCAAGGCUAUCCAAAGACUACGUAGCAUAUUAGAGCCAUCAUCUGAAGUGGUUUUUCAGGUUUUCCCCGCCUUAAAUACCAUGGGUGAAGAGCUUGAACGUAUGCAUCCACGUGUUUAUAAUAAUGUUGCUCGUCAACUUUCACGAGCCCCGUAUGGCGAGUUGGAGGAUAGCGAUACCGCUCCGAUGCUUUUGAAUCUAGUUGCCAAAGAAUUGUUUGCCCGCCACGAUAAAAAUCGCAUAACAUGGGCAAAAAUAAUUUCAAUUUUCGCCGUUUGCGGUGGUUUCGCAAUUGAUUGCGUACGUCAGGGUCAUUAUGAUUAUAUACAGUGUCUAGUCGAUGGGGUAGCUGAAAUUGUCGAAGAUGAUUUAAUUAAUUGGUUGGCCGAACGUGACGGUUGGCUGGGUUUACAACAUCACGUACGCUUACGUCCGAAAUUACAUAAGCCGAUCGGUUUUUUAGGUUGGCUUACACUUUUCGCGGCCAUCUCUUCUUGUUUUUAUAUUAUGGCGAGUAUGGCUAGACACAUAGGUUGCCAAUUAUAUUCCUUAUUCUAAUCGAACAUAAUUAUUAUCAUGUGACGAUUUCAUUAUAAUAUGAUAUGUUUAAAUUUUUAGAAUUAAUUAAUGAUUUAGAAGAGAAUUAACACAUUUUAAUUUAUACUUUUCAAAAUAAACAAAUCAUUUAACAAAACUUUCCUAGCAACUCUUCCGAACAUUUCUUAGUAAUCUAAAAAAGACGAAUUGCCCGAGUUCUUAAAUUUUUCAAUGAGUCGCGACAUACUUACCUUUUGAAGGAAAAAAAGGACGUUUGAGCUGAAAAAUCUCAGUAUCUCGAAAGUAUGUAGCAAGCAAGCAGCGCAUAUAAUACGGCAUGAUGGCAUAAGGCCACCAUCAAACACGAUCAUAGUAGAAAAAAGCAAAAAAAACCUAUAUUAGAGAAUUUUUUUUUUUAAAAAUAUUUUCCUCAAUCUUUGAUCAAUCUUGAUCCUGCCGCGUCUACAUUCAAAAUCUUUAGUUCCUACCUAAACCAAGAAUCAUCAUGACUACUCAAACCAUUUGGCAAAAAAAAAAAA